CCGGACCGGAUCGAAAUCCACCUUGGCAUCGACGGGAUCGGAUGAGAUUGUCCUCCGUGCGCAACCCCAACCGCGCCCCGCUCGCGGACUACGACAGCUCCCUUCGCGUCGCCUGCGCCGGCGGCGAGGUCGGCUCCAUGUACAUCCCCGCGGGCCAGAUCGACGGCGGCCGCACGCAGUACAUGGCCACCAGCUUCAACGUCCCCGCCUUCGCCGUCGCGGGCCCCGCCGCCGCGCAGCCGGCCACCAUCUCCGUUCCCGCGUCCGGGCCGUCGCCGCACGUCACGGCCGCGCUGGUGGAGCAGCAGCAGCAGCAGCAGCAGCUUGUGAUGGAGGUGGACUCGCUGCUGGUGGUCAAGGGCAAGGUCACCGUGCUCAAGGUCUUCACCCACUACAUCGAGGCCGCCAAGGUCUGCCGCAUCGGCGUCUCGCGGGCCGACGGCCGCGUGCUCGGCUUCAGGUGCUGACACUACUGCUCGGCGGCCGGCCAAGAUCUGACAAUCUCAUCAGCCUGGUUCGUUGGUAGUACUCUCAGUCUCAGUAUCAAAUUAGCUUCUUUGGAUUCGGUUCAGUCGGUGAAAUUGUAAGAUAUGCUCGGCCGAUUUGUAAAUUCAUGUCUCACGGGAUGAGGACAGCCAGAAGGUCAAAACCGUCCAUUUAUGUGCCUGGAGAGGAAAAAAGUUAAAGAAAAUAAAAAAUUCAA